GAUACUCUCAGCGAUCUAUGCUAGCCCCAAUCCAUGCAAUAGAGAAGUUUUGUGGACUAAUUUGGAGUCGAUGGCAGAUAAUAUGCAAGAUCCAUGGCUAGUUGCUAGGGACUUCAAUGAUAUCGCAUCCCUUACUGAAAAGAGAAGCUUCGCAACCAAUUUUCAUCAUGGUAGAUCCCAAAAAAAUUUCGAUAGCUUGAGUAAAUGUAACCUUAUGGAUUUAGGCUAUUCGGGGCCUCACCUUACGUGGUCCAAUGGUAGACUAGGCUGGGCUAACACUCUUGAGCGUUUGGAUAAAGCUGUUUACAGCACUGAUUUGAGGGAAACAUUUCUUGAAGAAGCUAUGAGAAACCUACCAAGGACCCAUUCUGACCAUUCUCCUAUGGUCAUCUACACUCAAGGUGCUGAUGAUAUACCUCUGCCAAGACCGUAGCUUGGGGGGACUUAGAGCCAAUAGUUUCCUUUUGUUAUUUUGUAACUAUGUUUGUACGAGCCUAGGGCUUUAUUUGUAUUGAGUUUCAAACUCACUUUUAUUGUAACCAAGCAUCAUCUUGGAAAGUUGUAGCCAAUAGGGCAUUACUAUAUCUGUUUAACUUUUAUUUCAUAUUAUUAACUUAUGGCACAUGUAAUAGAUUCAGGGUUAUUGCUUUUGAAUGUAUAAAUGCAUGUGUUA